CUCCGUUAUUCGACGGGCAAAGCCAGCAUUUGCCUACCUGCCAGGCUUAUAUUUACACACAUAAUGAAUAUAUAGUUUGGCAGCCCACUUUCAUUGGCAUUCAUCAAUAUAGAUGGACGAAGCAGAGAUGCAGUUAUCACCAGUCGACAACGAACGACCUCACGUUGUCGCGAAGCGCCCAACCCCCGAAGAGCCAGAUGCUGGCCCUGGUGCCAAAAGAACUAAAAUCUCCGAUGAUGGCGAGUCACCGCCGAUCAGAAACCUUCCCGCGGAAACCCGAAUUGUUCCUUUUCCAGAGAAACCUGCAGUUGUAGAAGAACGGAAUGGUGAGAUAGAACUUUGGGUCGUCAACAAUGAUGGUUCCACGGAGAGUACUGUCAUUUUAACAGGCCUCAAAAAUCUGUUUCAAAAGCAACUACCGAAGAUGCCCAAAGAUUACAUCGCCCGUCUAGUCUAUGAUCGUACUCACCUAUCUCUGGCCAUCUGCAAAACGCCUCUUGAAGCUAUUGGCGGAAUCACUUUCCGAGAGGUCCGACAUCGCAAGUUCGCUGAAAUUGUGUUCUGUGCGGUCUCAUCAGACCAGCAGGUAAAGGGAUAUGGAGCGCAUCUCAUGGCCCACUUAAAGGACUACGUCAGGGCCACAUCCCCUAUCUCACUUGAUAGGUCCAUUUGGAUUGGCUAUAUCAAGGAUUACGAGGGCGGUACACUCAUGCAAUGCUCUAUGCUCCCCCGAAUACGGUACCUUGAAGUUGGUCGUAUGCUUCUUAAACAGAAGGAAUGCGUUCUAGCUAAAUUACGCCCUUUGAGCAGAAAUCACAUCAUACAUCCGCCCCCUAAGCCAUGGGCUAACGGCGCCGUCACUCUGAUUGAUCCACUCUCCAUUCCUGCUAUCCGGGCUACUGGAUGGUCUCCGGAAAUGGACAAGCUAGCACGGGAACCCCGACAUGGGCCUCAUUUCAAUGAACUCCGGCGGUUGCUUAGCCAAAUCCAAGCCCACAAACAAGCUUGGCCCUUCCUCUCUCCAGUCAACAAAGACGAAGUCCCGGAUUAUUACAAGGUCAUUGAAUCUCCAAUGGAUCUAUCGACAAUGGAAGAAAGAUUGGAGAAUGAUUCAUAUUCUACCCCGAAAGCCCUUGUCGACGAUCUCAAUAUAAUGAUGCAACAACCGUCUAUUUCCAAGUGCGCAUCCAAGCUCGAGAAAUACAUGUAUUCUCUAAUCAAGGAGAUACCGGAAUGGUAUGACUUACUAAAGGAUUGA